AUCAGUUUGACAAAAAGUCCACUGAAUGAUUUUCCACAAAAUUAAUAAACAAUUUGUGCGAAUACUGUAUUUUGUGUGUGUUUUUGUAUCUUCUUUUCCUUAUGGAUUUAAUGCGGGUAUUCCUAGCUCUACUUGGAGUGGUGUUUAUAUCAAAUAUCGGAUGUAGUCAACGUGCUAAACAUCCGGGACACAGGACCACGACAGAAGUUCCUACGAUAGAGGAUCCAGCUGAUGCCUUUAACUACAAUAUAUCUGGGAACCUGAAUGAAAAUGGCGUCCCGAUCUUUGCAGUGGAUCAGCGUACGCCUACUAAAGAAGAUCUCGAGUCCUUUGGCACGUACAAGGAGCCAGAGGCUAUGGAGGAAAUAAUGGAGAUUAAUUCGGGAAUCCUUUCGAAGGCGAGAGAGCAUCUCCUGCAGUUUGAUAUAUGGGUACCCUACAAUGUGACAAAAUAUGGUGACCAGCAAUUUGGUACAACUCUUAAGAAGCGGAAUGCUGUUCGGGAUCGAAGACUUCAAUGGCCACGAGGAGUAGUCCCAUAUGUCAUCGAUGGAUUGUUUGACAGUGGUUCGAGAAGCAGAAUAUACGAAGCAUUAGAUCGCUAUCAUGCUUACACUUGCAUUCAAUUUGUUCAAAGAACCUAUGAAACAAACUACAUUCAUCUCUUUCCAUCAGAGGGGUGUUAUUCUUCGGUAGGGAUGCAAGGCGGAUCACAGUACGUCUCACUUGGUGGAUCAUGUACCUACAAUAUUGGAACCAUUAUCCACGAGUUGAUGCAUGCCCUGGGAUUUCAACAUGAACAGUCGAGACCAGACCGCGACAGUUAUGUAUACAUCCACUGGGAGAAUAUACAACCAGGAAUGGAAUUCAACUUCAACAAGUUUGACACCUACGCUGUCGACACCCUAAGCACGACCUAUGAUUACUAUUCAGUGAUGCAUUACCCAAUACUUGCUUUUUCCACCAAUGGACUGCCAACUAUUACUCCAUACGGAACAUAUCCUGCCGACAUUGGUGAAAGGAACGGAUUUAGUCAGGUCGACGUUUUUGAAAUCAACGCCUAUUACAACUGUGGAAGCGGAGUGACAACUUGUGCCGACAGUAAUACCGGAUGUGCCAACUGGGCUCGUUUGGGUUACUGUUACGAUGCUGUCUACUCGGAUUACAUGAGAACAACCUGUGCGCUAAGUUGCGGCCAUUGUUCGGCAUCAUCAGAUCCACAGCCAACUCAACCAUCGACCAAUUGCAGGGACUCCUUUCCUCGUUGCCCAGAAUGGGCUAAGAAAGGCGAAUGCAUGAAUCCUCAGGCCAGACCAUGGAUGCAAGCAAACUGCCCGGCCAGUUGCGGCAGGUGUACCUCAAGUCCUGGUCGUCCGUGCAGAGACGAGAGAAGGGAGUGUCCAGAGUGGUCAAGGAAUAGGGAAUGUCUCACAAAUACCGAUUUCAUGCUGGCAAACUGUAUGAGGAGUUGCGGACUAUGCGACAUAAAUAACUGCAUGGACAAUCAUGAGCUUUGUGGCACCUGGGCUCAGUAUGGUGAAUGCGAGAAGAACCCUGCAUACAUGCGCGUCGAAUGCAGGUCUAGCUGCAAUCUCUGUGGCAAGAAUAUAACCCUCACACCGGAGUGCAUAGAUUCUAACGGUAACUGCGGGGUAUGGAAGGAAGAAGGCCUCUGUGAAACAAGCAAGGAAUUCAUGGAAGUCAUGUGUGCGGCUAGCUGCGGUGUCUGCGACGGUGACACGGCCCCAAUUCCUGAUGGCGGUAAGAAGCCGACUACCUGCGGUGCCAACGCGAGCUGGGACGCCGCAAGGUCGCUUGGGAUGAUACUAGUCUGCUGGCUUUUCCGACAUCAUCUAUAAAUAUAUGUCUGUUGCAUGAUGCCCGUCGUCACGGUCUUGACAGACUACAACUUGACUGUGACAAGUAAUGGAAUGACGAAUAUAAACCUACAUGUAUGUGCAGUGCAAAAACUCCGGUGUUGAUUUAA